GCUGCCUGCGGGUGCGGAGUCCUGAGCAGCCGGCGACCCGCGCGAGGCGAGGCCCAUCUGCCGCGCACCGGGAGGAGCCGCUGCCCGCCGCCCGUCGGCAUGGGCCGGCCGAGGCCCGCGCUGCUGGCCGCGCUGCUGCUGCUCGCCGCCGCCGCCGCCGCCGCCGGGGCGCAAGAAGUGCCGGAAAAUGUCAGCCCCAUCUGCACAAAAGAUGCAACUCGAUUCAGGCACCUUAGGAAGUACAUAUAUAACUAUGAGGCUGUGAUUUCCAGUGGUGUCCCCGGGACUUCUGAGGCAAAAAGUGCCACCAAGAUCAACUGCAAGGUCGAGCUGGAGGUCCCCCAACUCUGCAGUUUCAUCCUAAAGACAAGCCAGUGCACCCUAAAAGAGGUGUAUGGCUCCAAGCCUACGGGCAGGGUCCUGCUGGAGAAGACCAAGAACUCUGAUGAGUUUGCUGCCCUCAUGGCCAAGUAUGAUCUCAGGCUGGCCGUUCCUGAAGGGAAGCAGGCUGUACUCUACCCAGAGAAGGAAGAGCCUAAACACAUCCUGAACAUCAAGAGGGGCAUCGUUUCUGCCCUCCUGGUUCCCCUGGAGACGCAAAAGACUAAACAAGUAUUGUUUCUGGAUACUGUGUAUGGAAACUGUUCCAGUGACUUCACUGUUAAAACAAGGAAGGGAAACGUGGCAACAGCAAUAUCCAUCGAAAGAAACCUAGGCGUGUGUGACGGCUUCAAGCCCAUCAGCACAGGAGUGAGCCCACUUGCUCUGAUCAAAGGCAUGACCCGCACCUUGUCAACUAUGAUUAGCAGCAACCAGUCCUGUCAGUAUACCCUGGACCCCAAGAGGAAGCAUGUGUCAGAAGCCAUCUGCAAGGAGCAACACCUGUUCUUGCCUUUUUCCUACAUGAAUAACUACGGUAUGAUGGCACAGGUCACGCAGACUUUGAAACUUGAAGACACGCCUAAGAUCAACAGCCGCUUCUUUAAUGAAGGUACCGAGGAGGUGGGUCUUGCCUUUGAGAGUACCAAGUCCACAUCACCUCCAAAGCAGGCCAAGGCCAUUGUGAAGAGCCUCCAAGAGCUGCAGAUGCUGCGUGUCUCUGAGAAGAAUGCCCAGAGAGCUAACCUCUUCCACAAACUGGUUACUGAGCUAAGAGGCCUCAGUCACGAGGCAGUCACAACGCUCCUGCCAAAGCUGAUUGAGGUGUCCAGCCCCAUCACUUUACAAGCCUUGAUUCAAUGUGGACAGCCCCAGUGUUACACUUACAUCCUCCAGUGGCUGAAGAGCGAGAAAGCCAGCCCCCUUCUGAUAGAUGUUGUCACCUACCUGAUGGCCCUGAUCCCAGAGCCCUCGGCCCAGAGACUGCAGGAGAUCUUUAACACCGCAAAGGAGCAGCAGAGCCGGGCCACUUUUUAUGCUCUGAGUCGUGUGAUCAACAACUACCAUAAGACACACCCUACUAAGACCCAGGACCUGUUGGAUAUUGCUGAUUACCUGUUGGAACAGCUUCAUGAUGACUGCACUGGGAAUGAAGAUCACACGUACUUGAUUCUGAGGGUCAUUGGAAAUAUUGGCAGUACCAUAGAGAAGCUAACCCCAAGACUCACAUCUUCAAUCCUGAAAUGUAUCAAAAGUACAGAGCCCUCACUGGUCAUCCAGAAGGCUGCCAUCCAGGCCCUGCGGAAAAUGGAACUUCAAGAUGAGGUCCGGGAAGUCCUCCUUGAGAUUUUCCUCAGUGAUGCCUCUCCAGGGGAUAAGCGACUGGCAGCCUAUCUCAUGCUGAUGAGGGACCCUUCCCAGUCAGAUAUUAAAAAAGUUGUCCAACUUCUCCCACGGGAACAGAAUGAGCAAGUGAAGAACUUCGUAGCUUCUCACAUUGCCAACAUCUUAAAAUCAGAAGAACUGUAUGUCCAAGACUUGAAAAAGUUAGUGGAAACAGCUCUGAAAGAAACUCAACUUCCAACUCUCAUGGACUUCACAAAAUUUUCCCGGAACUAUCACCUUUCCAAAUCUGUUUCUCUGCCUUGGCCUGACCCGGUCUCAGCCAAAAUCGAAGGCAAUCUUAUAUUCGAUCCCAACAAUUACCUUCCUAAAGAAAGCAUGCUGAAAACAACCCUCACUGUCUUUGGAUUCGCUUCAGCGGACCUCUUUGAGAUUGGUUUGGAAGGAAAUGGCUUUAACCCAACAGUGGAAGCUCUUUUUGGGAAGCAAGGAUUUUUCCCAGACAGUGUCAACAAGGCUCUUUACUGGGUUGAUGAGCAAGUGCCUGAUCAUGUCUCCAGGGUCUUGGUGGAUCACUUUGGCUACACCAAAGAUGAUAAACGUGAGCAGGACAUGGUCAAUGGAAUUAUGCUCAAUGUUGAGAAGCUGAUCAAAGAUUUGAAAUCCAAAGAAUUCCCAGAAGCCAGAGCCUACCUCCAAAUCUUGGGAGAGGAGCUCGGCUUUGUCAAACUCCAUGACCUCCAGCUCCUGGGAAGGCUGCUGCUAAAUGGUGUUCACACUCUACGGGGCAUCCCCCAGAUGAUCGGAGAGGCCAUAAGGAAAGGUUCAGAGAAUGACUUGUUUCUUCACUACAUCUUCAUGGACAAUGCCUUUGAACUCCCCACUGGACUUGGAUUGCAGCUCCAAGUGUCCUCCUCUGGGGUCAUCACUCCUGGAAUCAAGGCUGGAGUGAAACUGGAAGUAGCCAAUAUGCAGGCAGAACUGGUGACAAAGCCCUCUGUGUCUGUGGAAUUUGUGACAAAUAUGGGCAUCAUCAUUCCAGACUUUGCUAGGAGUGGAAUCCAAAUGAACACCAAGUUCUUCCAUGAGACAGGCCUGGAGGCACAAGUUACCCUGAAAGCUGGGCAGCUGAGGCUCAUCGUUCCUUCUCCAAAGAGGCCAGUCAAGCUCUUCAGUGGCAGUAACACAUUUCAUUUGGUCUCUACCACAAAAACCGAAAUGAUUUCACCUCUAACUGAGAACCGGCAGUCCUGGUCAACCUGCAAGCCUUUCUUUACUGGCCUGAACUACUGUACUACGGGUGCUUACUCCAAGGCCAGUUCCACCGACUCAGGCUCCUACGAUCCACUGACUGGGGACACCAGAUUUGAACUGGAACUGAAGCCAACAGGAGAAGUAGAGCAGUAUUCUGCCAGUGUGACCUAUGAACUCCAGAGGGAGAACAGAGCCUUGGUGGACCAACUGAAGUUUUCAACUCAGGCGGAAGGUGGGAAGCAGACUGAGGCUACUAUGAUCUUCAGAUAUAACCGGCAGAGUAUGACUUUGACCAGUGAAAUCCAAAUUCCAGAUUUUGAUGUUGACCUUGGGACAGUCCUCAGAGUUAGUGAUGAAUCGGCUAAGGCAAAAAAGUCUUACAAGCUCACCUUGGACAUUCAGAACAAGAAAAUCACUGAGGUCACUCUCACUGGCCGCAUAAGCUGUGACAAGAAAGAAGAAGGCAAAAUCAAAGGUGUUAUUUCCAUACCCCGUCUGCAAGCAGAAGCCAGAAGUGAGAUCCUUACCCAGUGGUCUUCCACAAAACUCCUCCUCCAGAUGGACUCAUCAGCUACAGCUUAUGGCUCGACAGUUUCCAAGAAGGUGGCAUGGCGUUACGAUGAACAGAAGAUUGAAUUUGAAUGGAACACAGGCACUAACGUGGAUACCAAUAAAGCGGCUUCCAGUUUCCCCGUGGAUCUCUCUGAUUAUCCUAAAAGCAUAUAUAUGUAUGCUGACAGUCUCUUGGAUCACAGAGUUCCUCAAACAGACAUGACUUUUCGGCACAUGGGUUCCAAAUUAAUAGUUGCAACAAACACAUGGCUUCAGAAGGCUUCCACGAGUCUUCCUUAUGCCCAGAAUUUGCAAGAUCACCUCGGUGGCCUGCAAGAGUUCUACCUCCAGAAAAUGAGAUUACCAGACUUCCACAUCCCAGAAACACUCUUCUUGAAAAGUGAUGGACGGGUCAAAUACACCUUGAACAAGAAUAGCAUGAAAAUUGAGAUUCCUUUGCCUUUUGGGGGCAAAUCUUCCAAAGAUCUAAAGAUGUUAGAGACUAUUCGGACACCAGCCCUCAACUUCAAGCCUGUGGGAUUCUACCUGCCAUCUCGAGAGUUCCAUGUCCCCACAUUUACUAUUCCCAAGUCAUAUAAACUGGAGAUGCCUCUCCUGGGUGUUCUAGACCUCUCCACAAAUAUCUACAGCAAUUUGUACAACUGGUCCGCCUCCUAUACUGGUGGCAACACAAGCACAAACCACUUGAGUCUUCAGGCUCAGUACCACAUGAAGGCUGACUCUGUCGUCGACCUGCUCUCUUACAGUGUUCAAGGAUCUGGAGAAACAACGUAUGAUCACAAGAAUGUGUUCACGUUAUCAUGUGUUGGGUCCCUACACCACAAAUUUCUGGAUUCAAACAUCAAAUUCAGUCAUGUAGAAAAAAUCAGAAACAACCCAGCCUCAAGAGGUUUGCUAACAUUCAACGUAUCUAGUGCCUGGGGACCACAGAUGUCUGCUUCAAUAUAUUUGGACUCAAAAAAGAAACAGCAUUUGUACGUCAAGGAAGUUGAGAUUAAUGGGCAGUUCAGCGCCUCGUCAUUCUAUGCUAAAGGUGCAUAUGGCCUCUCUUAUCAGAGGGAUACUACCACUGGCCAGCUAAAUGGAGAGUCCAACUUGAGGUUUAACUCCUCCUACCUGCAGGGCACCAACCAGAUAACAGGAAGAUAUGAAGAUGGAACCGUCUCCUUUACCUCCACCUCAGAUUUGCAAGGUGGCAUCAUUAAAAAUACUGCUUCCCUGAAAUACGAGAACUAUGAGCUGACUCUGAAAUCUGACACCAAUGGGCAGUAUGAGGACUUCACCACAUCUAACAAGGUGGAUCUGACUUUCUCUAAGCAGAAUGCGUUGCUGCGCUCUGAGUACCAGGCUGAUUACAAGUCACUGAGGUUCUUCACCCUGCUUUCUGGAUCCCUAACUUCCCAUGGUCUUGAAUUAAAUGCUGACAUCUUGGGCACUGACAAAGUUAACACUGGUGCUCACAAGGCAACACUAAGGAUUGCCCCUGAUGGGAUGUACACCAGUGCGACUACCAACUUGAAGCAUAGUCCCCUGGUGCUGGAGAAUGAGCUGAAUGCGGCACUGGGCUUCUCCGGGGCAUCUAUGAAAUUAACAACAAAUGGCCGCUUCAGGGAACACAAUGCAAAAUUCAGUCUAGAUGGAAAAGCUGCCCUCACAGAGGUGUCGCUGGGAAGUGCUUAUCAGGCCAUGAUUCUGGGUGUUGACAGCAAAAAUAUCUUCAACUUCAAAAUCAACCAGGAGGGACUUAAGCUCUCAAAUGACAUGAUGGGCUCAUUUGCUGAAAUGAAACUUGACUACACAACCAGCCUGAGCAUGGCAGGGCUCUCUUUGGACUUCUCUUCAAAACUGGACAACAUUUACAGCUCUGACAAGUUUUAUAAGCAAAAUUUUAAUUUACAGCUACAACCCUAUUCUCUUGUCACUACUUUAAACAAUGGCCUGAAAUUCAACGCUUUGGAUCUGACCAAUAGUGGGAAAUUACGGCUAGAACCCCUGAAGCUGAAUGUGGGUGGGAACAUAAAAGGAGUCUACCAAAAUAAUGAAAUAAAACACAUCUACACCAUUUCUUAUGCUGACUUAUCAGCAAGUUAUAAAGCAGACACUGUAGCUAAGGUCCAGGGUACAGAGUUUAGCCAUCGGCUCAACACCAACAUUGCUGGACUGGCUUCAGCCAUUGACAACCGUAUAAGCUACAGUUCGGACUCAGUGCACUUCAGCAACGCUUUCCACUCUGUAAUGGCCCCAUUUACAAUGACUAUCGAUGUAAAUACAAAUGGCAAUGGGAAACUGGUUCUCUGGGGAGAGCACACUGGGCAACUGUAUAGCAAAUUCCUGUUGAAAGCAGAACCUCUGGCCCUUACUUUCUCUCAUGAUUACAAAGGAUCCACGGGUCACCUUUUCAUGGCCAAGAGGAGCAUUAGUACUGUCCUUGAUCACAAAGCCAGUGUCCUGCUCACUCCCGCCGAGCAAACAGGCACCUGGAAACUCAAGACCCAGCUGAACAAAAAUGAAUACAGCCAGGACUUCAGUGUUUACAAUACGAAAGACAAAGCCGGUGUGGAGCUUCACGGAAUAGCCCUGGCCGACCUCACCAUGCUAGACUCCCCAGUUAAAGUGCCCGUUUUACUCAGUGAGCCCAUCAAUGUAAUUGAUGUUUUAGAGAUGAGGGAUAGUGUUGACCAGGCCCAAGAAUUCACUAUUGUUGCUUCUGUAAAAUAUGAUAAGAACCAAGGUGUUCACACCAUCUACCUCCCAUUCUUUAAAAUCCUGCCAGAAUAUUUUGAGAAGAAUCGAAUGGUGAUCAUAACUGCACUGGAAACCAUACAGAGACAAUUGAAACGCAUCGAUAUUGAUCAGUUUGGGAGGAAAUACAGAGCAGCCUUGGACAAACUCCCACAGCAGGUUAAUGGUUAUCUGAACGCAUUCAACUGGGAGACACAAGUUUCAAGUGCCAAGGAGAAACUAACUGCUUUUACAAAAAAUUAUAGAAUUACAGAAAAUGAUCUGCAAAUUGCAUUGGACAAUGCCAAAAUCAACCUUAAUGAAAAAUUAUCUCAACUACAAACAUAUGUGAUACAAUUUGAUCAGUAUAUUAAAGAUAAUUAUGAUUUACAUGAUUUUAAAAUAGCUAUUGCUAAGCUUAUUGACCAAAUCAUUGAAAAAUUAAAAAUUCUUGAUGAACAUUAUCAUAUCCGUGUAAAUUUAGUAAAAACAAUCCAUAAUCUAUAUUAUUUCAUUGAAAAGAUUGAUUUUAAUAAAAUUAGAAGUAGUACUGCAUCUUGGAUUCAAAAUGUAGAUACUAAGUAUCAAAUCAGAAUCCAGAUACAAGAAAAAUUGCAACAGCUCAAGACACAGAUUCGGAAUAUAGACAUCCAAUACCUUGCUGAAAAGUUAAGGCAACAGGUUGAAGCUAUUGAUGUCAGAGUACUUUUAGAUCAGUUGAGAACUACCAUUCCAUUUCAAAGAAUAGAGGAAAUUAUUGAGCAUGUCAAAUACUGUGUUACAAUUCUUACAGAAGAGUUUGAAGUAACUGAGAUAAUCAAUGAAUUUAGAGCCAUGGCCCAUAAGUUAAUUAAGAUGUACGAAAUAGACCAACACAUCCAGGUUUUAAUGGAUAAAUCAGUACAGCUGGCUCACCAGUAUAAGUUGAAGGAGACUGUUCAGAAGCUAAGCAAUGCCCUAAAACAAGUUAAGAUAAAAGGUCACUUUGAAGAAUUGCUUGGGUUUAUUGAUGAUGCCGUCAAGCAACUUAAAGCAUUGUCAUUUAAAAAAUUCAUUGAAGAAGUAAACAGAUUCCUUGACCUAUUGGCAAAGAAAUUAAGGGCAUUUGAUUACCACCAGUUUGUAGAUGAAACCAAUAACAAAAUCCGUGAGGUAACGCAGAGAGUCAAUGGUGAAAUUCAGGCUCUGGAACUUCCACAGAAAGCCAAAGCUCUAAAACUAUUUGUAGAGGACGUCAAGGCUGUGAUCUCAGUCCAUCUGGAAAACCUAAAAGGCACCCAAAUAACCUUAUUCUUCAGUUGGUUACAGAAGGCUUUAAAUUCAGCAUCUCUGAAUUACAUGAAAACCAAAUUUCAAGAUACCCUAGAAGAUAUACGGGACCGAAUCUAUCAAAUGGACAUUCAGCAGGAAGUUCAGCGAUACCUGUACCUAGUAGGCCAGGUUUAUAGCACACUUGCCACUUACAUUUCUGAUUGGUGGAGUCUUGCUGCUAAGAACCUAACUGACUUUGCAGAACAGUAUUCUCUCCAAGACUGGGCUGAAAAUGUGAAAGCAUUGGUAGAACAAGGAUUCACUGUUCCUGAAAUCCAGACCAUCUUUGGAACCAUGCCUGCCUUUGAAGUCAGCCUCCAUGCUCUUCAGGAAGCUACAUAUCAGACCCCAGAUUUCAUGGUCCCCCUGACAGAUUUGAAGAUUCCAUCAGUUCAGAUAAACUUCAAAAAGUUGCAAGAUAUAAAAAUCCCAUCCAGGUUUUCCAUGCCAGAAUUUACUGUCCUCAAUACCUUCCAUGUUCCUUCCUUUACAAUUGACUUGGUAGAAAUAAAGGCAAAGAUCAUCAGAAUCAUUGACCAAAUGCUAAACAGUGAGCUGCAGUGGCCAGUUCCAGAAGUACAUCUGAAGGAUCUGAAGGGGGCAGAUACCAUUCUUGCUAGUAUCACUCUGCCAGACUUCUAUUUACCAGAAAUCACAAUUCCAGAAUUCACAAUCCCAAAUCUUGAUUUUAAAGAUUCUCAAAUUCCUGACCUUCACAUACCAGAAUUCCAGCUUCCCCACAUCUCACACACAAUUGGAGUACCUACUUUUGGGAAGCUGUACAGCAUUUUGAAAAUCCAAUCUCCCCUUUUCACAUUAGAUGCAAAUGCUGACAUUUAUAAUGUUACUACAGAGAACAAGGCAGAGAUUGUGGCUUCCAUCACCGCCAAAGGGAAGUCCAAAUUAGAAGUUCUAAAUUUUGAUAUUCAAGCAAAUGCACAACUUUCAGACACUAUGAUUGAUCCACUGGUUUUGAAGGAGUCUGUGAAGUUCUCUAGCAAUUACCUGAAAACAGAACAUGAGAGUGAAGUGCUAUUUUUUGGAAAUGCUAUUGAGGUAAAAUCAACCACAGUGGCAGAUAUACACACAGAAAAAAAUACACUGAAACUUAGAAAUGGUGUGCUCAUCAAGAUAAACAAUCAGCUUACCCUGGACAGCAACACAAAGUACUCCCACCAAUUGAACAUCCCCAAACUGGACUUCUCUAGUCAGGCUGACCUGCGCAAUGAAAUCAAGACCCUAUUGGAAGCUGGACACGUAACAUGGACCUCUUCUGGAACAGGGUCAUGGAAAUGGGCCUCCCCCAAAUCCUCAGAUGAGGGCACACAUGAAUCUCAAAUCAGCUUUUCUGUGGAAGGACCUAUCACUUCCUUUGGACUGUCUAAUAAGAUCAAUAGCAAACACCUAAGAGUAAACCAAAACUUGGUUUAUGAAUCUGGCUUCCUCAACGUCACUAAAUUUGAAAUCCAGUCACAAAUUGAAUCCCAGCACAUAGGCCACAGUGUUUUAACCGCUAAGGGAAUAGCACUGCUCGGAGAAAAGAAAGCAGAGAUAACUGGCAACCAUAAUGCUCAUUUAAAUGGAAAAGUUAUUGGAACUUUGAAAAAUUCUCUCUUCUUUUCAGCACAGCCAUUUGAGAUUACUGCUUCCACAAACAAUGAAGGGAAUUUGAAAGUUAGUUUUCCAUUAAAAUUGACAGGAAAGAUAGACUUCCUCAAUAAUUUUGCUCUGUUUCUGAGUCCUGGUACCCAGCAAGCAGGUUGGCAAGCAAGUGCCAGAUUCAAUCAGUAUAAAUAUAAUCAAAACUUCUCUGCUGGAAACAGUGAGAAUGGCAUGGAGGCCCACAUAGGAAUAAAUGGAGAGGCCAACCUGGAUUUCUUAAACAUUCCUUUAACAAUUCCAAAAAUGACUCUACCUUAUACAACGCUCAAAACUCUCCAGGUGAAAGAUUUCUCUUUAUGGGAGAAAACAGGCUUGAAGGAAUUCUUGAAAACAACAAAGCAAUCAUUUGAUUUAACCGUAAAGGCUCAGUAUAAGAAAAACAAAGGCAAGCAUUCCAUCCCAAUCCCUUUGGAUAAAUUUUAUGGGAACUAUUUCAAGGUAUUGAAUACCCCAAACAAUAUUUUAAUUCCAGCCAUGGGCAAUAUCACGUAUGAUUUUUCCUUUAAAUCAAGUAUCAUCACAUUGACUACCAGUGCUGGACUUUAUAACCAAUCAGAUAUUGUUGCUCAUUUCCUUUCUUCCUCCUCUUCUGUCAUCAAUGCACUGCAGUACAAAUUAGAGGGCACCUCAAGUUUGACGAGGAAAAGAGGGUUGAAGUUAGCCACAGCUUUGUCUCUGAGUAACAAAUUUGUGGAAGGCAAUCACGACAGUACUAUUAGCUUAACAAAGAAAAACAUGGAAGCAUCAGUGACAACAACCGCAAAAGUCCACAUUCCAAUUUUGAGAAUGAAUUUCAAGCAAGAACUUAGUGGAAACACCAAGUCAAAGCCUACUAUCUCUUCAUCCAUUGAAUUAAAGUAUGAUUUUAAUUCCCCCAAGCUGUAUUCCACAGCUACAGGAGCAGUUGACCACAAACUCAACUUAGAAAGCCUCACCUCUUACUUUUCCAUUGAGUCAUCUACCAAAGGAGAUAUCAAGGGUCUGGUCCUUUCACGGGAAUAUUCAGGAACUGUUGCCAGUGAAGCCAGCACUUACUUGAAUUCCAAGAGUACUCGGUCUUCAGUGAAGCUGCAAGGGGCUUCCAAAGUUGAUGGUGUCUGGAACCUUGAAAUAAAAGAAAAUUUUGCUGGAGAAGCCACUCUCCAACGAAUCUAUGCCAUCUGGGAACACAAUACGAAAAACCACUUACAGCCAGAGGGCUUCUUUUUAACAUCCAAAGAACAUACAGGCAAAGUUACCCUGGAACUCUCCCCAUGGAAAAUAUCAGCCCUUGUUCAGGUCCAUGCAAAACAGCCCCAUGGCAUCCUUGAUAUCAAUUACCUUGGCCAGGAGGUAUCCCUGAAUGCUAACACUGAGAACCAGCAAGUCAUCUGGAAGAGUGAGGUCCAUGUUCAUUCUGCGUCUCUCGAAAACAAUGUACAGCUUUCCAAUGACCAAAAAGAAGCACGCCUUGACAUUGCAGGUUCCUUAGAAGGAUCCCUAUGGUUCCUCAAAGAUAUUGUCCUACCAGUUUAUGACAAGAGCUUAUGGGACCUUCUAAAGCUGGAUGUAACCACCAGCAUUGAUAAAAAACAGUAUCUUCAUGCUUCCACUACCCUUGUGUACACCAAAAAUCCCCAUGGCUAUACUUACACUCUCCCUGUGCAAGAAUUAGCUGAUAAAUUCAUUAUUCCCUUACUGAAACUAAAUAUUCUAAAUUCAGUUCUUGUCACACCUACGUUCCACGUUCCAUUUACAGAUCUUCAGAUUCCAUCCUACACACUUGAUUACACACACCUCAACAUACCAACACUACCCAAAGUGAAAUUCCCUGAAGUUGAUGUGUUAACAAAAUAUUCUGAACCUGAGGACUCCCCAAUUCCUUUUUUUGAGAUAACUGUGCCUAAAUCUCAAUUAACUGUGUCCCAGUUCACCCUUCCAAAACGAAUUUCAGUUGGCACUACUGCUUUGGAUCUAAACAAGGUGGCCAGCAAGAUUGCAGACUUUGAGUUGCCAACCAUCACCGUGCCUGAGCAGACUAUUGAGAUUCCCUCCAUUAAGUUCUCUGUACCUGCUGGAAUUUUCAUUCCCUCCUUUGGAGCACUGACUACACAUUUCAGGGUGGCCUCUCCCCUGUAUAAUGCCACUUGGAGUGCUGGUUUGAAAAACAAAGAAGAUCAAGUUGAAACAUUCCUGAAUUCCAUGUGCAGCUCAACCAUUCAGUUCCUACAAUAUGACCUGAAAGUUGUGGAAACACACAAAGUUGAAGAUGACGUAUUAGUCUAUAAGAUUAAAGGAACAUUUGCACACCGUGACAUCAGUGCAGAGUAUAAAGAAGAUAACAAAUAUCAAGGACUUCAGGUCUUGGAAGAAAACGUUUACUUUGACAUCACCAGCCCAACAUUCACUGACAUCCACCUGCACUACCAAGCAGACAGGGAUAGCCUGUCUUCCUCGGCAGCCUUCCCAGCCAUUGGCACUGUGGCCAUGGACUUGAAAGAUGAUAACAAUACCUUAAAAUGGAACUUCUACUACCGCCCUCAGUCCUCUCCAGAUAAAACACUCAACAUGUUCAAAAGUGAGUCGAGGUACGAGGAACCUGAUGAGAAAGUUCAGAUCAAAGUUAACUGGGAAGAAGCAGCAGCAUCCGAAUUGCUAAACGCACUUAAAGACCACGUGCCCAAGGCCGCAGGGGCCCUUUAUGACUAUGUCAACAAGUGCCACCAGGAGCACACAGGCCUUGAUCUGAGAGAGGCUUCUUUAAAACUGAGAAGAAGUCUGCAGAACAGCGCCGAGGAGGCCUAUCAAGGGGCUGUGAGGCGGAUUGAUGAGGUGGACUUGGCGCUCCAAAGGGUAGCCAGAAACACAGCUGGAACCUACCAGCAGUGGAAGGACAAGGCCCAGAGCCUCUACCAGGAACUGUUAGUUCGGGAGGGCCAAGUUAAUUUCCAGAAACUCCAAAAUAAAGUAUUUGACAGCUUAAUAAGACUUAUUGAGGAGUACAAAGUGAUAGUCAAUCAUCUGAUGGACUCGUUCAUUCAUUACAUGAAGUACACCAGAUCGCAGCUCCCAGGAAUUGCCGGUACGUACACUAGAGAUGAACUCUGCUCUAUGGCUUUGAAGGAAGUGGGGAAGCUACUGUUCCAGGUACAUUCAAAAAUCCACAGUGGGCUGGAAGUACUGUUUUCCUAUUUGCAAGACUUAAUGGAGAAAUCUGAAUUCAUCAGGAUCCUAAAGAUUGAAUUUCCUUUUGAUCCAAGCAGCCAUAAACUAAUAGAUGUAAUCUUGGAGUAUGGGGAACUGUUGAAAUUCUUAUCACAACAGAUCCAAGACGCCCUUAAUGACCUCCAGUCUAUCAAGACCACAGAGAUGCUAAGAGAUCUUCAGGACAUUUUAGAAGGCAUUUUUGAAAGUAUAAAAGAAGGAAUUACACACUUAAAGGAGAAGAAUCUUACUUACAUCAUUAAUGAUAUCCAAUAUGAAAUCAACACAAUCUUUCAUGACUAUAUUCCAUUUGUUUUUGAAUUCCUAAAAGAAAGCCUAUACCUUAACUUUGGUAAGUUUAAUGAACAUGUUCAAAACAAAUUUCAAGAAGCCUCUCAAGAGUUACAGCAGCUCCAGGAGUUCAUAAAGAUUCUUCACAAAGAAUAUAUUGAUCGAAGUGUGGCCAGCUGGACAGUGAAAUAUUAUGAGCUUAAAGAAAAGAUCAUCAACCUCAUUAAGAGCCUCGUAGAUGUUCUUAAGGACUUCAAUUCAAAAUACACUGUAGGUGUUGCUGGAUUUUAUUCCCAACUCUCAAGUCAAGCUGAGCAAUUUGUGCAGAAAGAUAUCCAGGAAUACCUUAGUAUCCUUGCCAAUGCAGGUGGCAAAGGGGCAGAGAAGAUUGAAGAGCUUUCUACCAGUGUUCAGGAAAUAAUUAAAAGCUGGGCUGUUGCAAUGAAGAACAUGAUUUCUGAUUACCACCAGCAGUUCAAAUAUAAAUUACAGGACUUUUCAGACCAACUCUCUGAUUACUAUGAAAAAUUCAUUGCUGAGUCCAGAAGAUUGAUUGACCUGUCUAUUCAAAAAUACUACAUGUUUCUGAGAUAUAUCACCGAGUUACUGAAAGAGCUACGAUCAGCCGCUGGGAAUGACAUGAGCCCCUACAUAAAGGUUGCACCAGGAGAAUUUACUCUCACCUUCUAAUUUUUUUAUAGCAAUUCUCAUUUAUUCUUCUGCACCAAUGAAACUUUCACAUAGUAGGGAAAACCUUCAAACUGUUUAUAUUGGUAUAACCAUACACUGAGCUAGCCCCGUAGCAGGCAGCUGACUACAAGCAGAAGCACAUAUGAACUGGACCUGCACUGAAGUUAGCAUCAGAUCUCUGAAGGUCUCUGAACUCUGGAAAAUAACAUUAUUUGCAAGUCAAAGAAAAUCAGGAUCUGAGUUAUUUUACUAAACUUGAGGGGAGGGAAAACAUAUAAAUAAAUUCUUUAUUGUGUAUCAUA